AUGAAAAUUUCAUUCACCGUUCUCUAUUUUUUGUUCGUCAAGCGUGUGUAAUUGAGUUUAUUUAUUUUCUCUAUUUUAAACAACACACGAAAGAUCUUGUGCUAACCACAUACAUUUGUAGCUAAAAUAUGAUUAAAAUAGCGUGAUCUUAACGUGAAGUGCAUGUGGAACCAUCCUUUCCUGGAACAAAAGAUUGUGAUGGAGGCACCAGAUCCAAUGGAGCUCAAGUAUGGUGCUGGGAAUGAUGUGGGAGGGUUGGAGCUGUGUAUAGUGUGCGGAGACAGGGCUUCGGGCAGACAUUACGGUGCUAUAAGUUGUGAAGGUUGCAAAGGUUUCUUCAAGCGCUCCAUCCGCAAGAAGCUGGGCUACCAGUGUCGGGGUACAAUGAACUGUGAGGUGACGAAACACCACCGCAACCGCUGCCAGUACUGCCGCCUGCAGAAGUGCCUAGCGUGCGGAAUGCGGAGCGACUCGGUCCAACACGAGCGGAAGCCCAUCGUGGACAAGGCCAAGGGCGACGCGAGAGAACACGACCGCCAGGCGGCCUACUCCAAGCUGCUCGGGCUCGCGGGACAGGCGCAGGCGCAGAAUGCUUUCCAGAUAAAUCCUAAGGAGGAGCCGAGCGACGCGUUCGGCGCGGUGUCUCCGGCCGCGCCCGCACUUAACUUCGCCUUCGCGGCCGCCGUGGCGUGCGGGAUCAACAAGGGAAACCCGGUGUCGCCCUACCUGGGUGCGGGCGCGCCCGGGGACGUGGAGGGGGCGAGGCGACAACAGCUUAUGCUGCAAACGCAACUCGCGAAGAACCUCUUCAAGAUGGGGCAGUUUGGUGCAAUCAACGAGUACUUCCAGUCGGCGUACGGCGCCACGCCGCCGGAAGUGCCGCUUGGGUCGCUGCACGCGGCGGACCCGCAACAAAACGAUGGCGAGGAAGCGGGUAUCCUGAGCACGGCGGAGAGCCUCCAACUGCCGCUCCAGCUGCCGGCGUCCCCCCCCGCCCCGCUGCGCCUGCACGCCGCGUGCGAGGCGGGCGCGCGGCUGCUGGCGGCGUGCGCGCGCUGGCUGCUGGCCCUGCCGGCCGCCAGCAGCCUGUCGUUCGAGAUCCAGGUGACGCUGCUGCGCAAGUGCUGGGCCGAGCUGUUCGUGCUGGGCCUGGCGCGCUGGGCGCCCGCGCUGGGCCUGCCCGCGCUGCUGCCCGCGCUGGCCGCGCACCUGCAGGCCGAGCUGCGCGAGCGCACCGACGCGCGCCGCCCCGCCGCGCCGCCCGCGCCCGCGCACGCGCACCCCGAGAUAACGAUAUCGGACUACUCGGACGAGCGUAUAGAGGAGGUGUCCGCCAUGCUGUGUCGCCUGCACCAGUUCAUCGGGCACAUGGAGCAACUGAGGCUGUCUGACCGCGAGCACGCUCAUCUUAGGGCGCUGUGCCUGUUCUCACCAGAUGGCGUCCCAGAUUUCCUGACGCGCAAACUGCAAGACUACCAGGCGAAAGUUCUCCGUUCUCUCCGCACCACAUGUCAGCCGGACGACGAGAGAGUUGCGACUCUCCUACUCCAGUUACCGGUAUUACGUACCUUCACCGGUACUUUCAUCGAGGACGUUUUCUUCGUCGGGUUCGUCGGCGACGUCAGCAUCGACGAAGUCAUACCUUACUUGCUUAACGCUGAACGUUGAUUUUUCAUAUCACAUAUUGUUGUUAUAAAAGAAUUAGUAUUAUUGUUAGACCGCUGAAAGAAUGCGAGCCCUACGCCUUACGUUGGCAUGUACUUGUAAAAGCGCAACAUGAAAAAAAAAAUUAAUACAGUGUGCAAUAUUAUGACCAAACGCAUGUGAAAACAAUAACCGUUAUUUAUAAUCUUUAAUGUUUAUAAUGUUUUUUCAAUAUAUAAUGUUAGUACGAUAAACCGCUAACUACGCACGCUAACAUCACGAUGUAUGCCAAAUAAUUGUAAAAAUAAUAAUUAUUGAAUUAACAAAGACAACAAAGAUUAUUAGGUAUAAAUUGAAUAUACUAAACACACCGAAACAACAGUGAAAAGCAGCUGACUGUAUAUUUCUCGCUCGACGGUCCCGAGUUCACCUUAUCGAGCCUUUCACCUCAGAGCGUGACGGUUCAUCAUAUCUUGAUACCUACGGGAAAAACUGUGUGCGGUGCGACUAAAUCAGUUUUCACUUUAAAAAAAAUCACACAGUGUUCCGUGCUUACAGUUCGUGGAUUUGGAAUAAGAUUUAAUUUAAUCAGCUCUUAAGUCCAACGUUCCAGAAUAACACUUACAAUCGCUAAUCAAUUUGUCCAAAAUGGUAGCCGAUCAUUAGGCACAUUUUUUCACUUGUUUACUCAGAGUAGACUGACCCAGUGGCGACGGAUUUAUAUGACUUAUCUGAGAUAUGAGGUCUAUUAACAUCUUUACUCGGUAAUCGUAAACAAAAGAAAUGAUCCAGUAAACUAUUGAUUUUUGCCUAUACUCGUAAUAACUUUGAUAUUUUAUAGGUAGUAAUUACAACUUUUAUCAUGCGCAAUUAUGAACUUAAAACACAGUAAUAAGGUUUAUUGUAACACGAGUUUAAAAUUCAAAGUUAGUUCACUUGCUCGAUUUAGAUCGGUCAGGAAGGAACGCAUUCUUUCAGCGGCCUUAGUUUAGGGUAAAACAGUUUUAUCAAGGUACACAGAGUGUCACGUAAAAAGAACCCGGACUCGGACGGAUUGUUUUUAUGUGUGUUUUUAAACUUUACACUAAAAGUAACGAAAAGGUUGUUUUCAUUAUAAGACAAGUAAGAAAAAUUAAACUUGACUAUAUUUGUUGGUUGGUUUGUAUAAACCUGUAUGUUGGAUGCGCGUUAAAAUAUCUUAAUGUUAUUUUCAAAUUUGUUAGCUUAUAAUAAAUAAUAUUAAUUUAUAAGUAAAUAUUAAGAAUUCCUUAUUGUUAUUUAAAC